GACCAGCCUACUCUGUCAGGGACAAAAUAAAAGCAAAAAUGCACUGUUGUCUUACAGCAAGUCAACUUCCCUGCAGAUGACAGGUGUAAGGAUCUGCCAGAAUCUCACACCAUGCAACUGACCCCUGAUUCCUGCAUAGUCCUCAAUGAUGGCCACAAAAUGCCAGUCAUUGGAUUUGGCACCUAUGCACCCCAAGAGGUUCCAAAGAGCUUGGCAGAAGAAGCUGUAACAGUUGCCCUUGAAGUGGGCUAUUGUCACAUUGACUGUGCAUUUUUUUACGGCAAUGAGGUGGAGGUGGGUCGAGCCAUCAGAAAGAAAAUUGCAGAGGGAACGCUGAAAAGAGAAGACAUCUUCUACACUGGGAAGUUGUGGCUGACUGACCAAACUCCUGAGAGAGUCCGACCUGCAAUAGAAAAGUCCUUGCGAAAUCUUCAGCUAGAUUACAUGGAUUUAUUCCUUAUCCACAAUCCAAUGGAACUAAAGCCUGGCGAUGACCCUUAUCCAGUGGAUGAGAACGGAAAAGUCAUCUAUCACAACACAGACAUUCGUGACACUUGGAAGGCGAUGGAGGACUUGAAGGCAGCCGGACUGACCAGAUCAAUUGGAGUGUCGAGCUUUAACCGGCGGCAGCUAGAACUCAUACUUAAUAUGCUCGAGCUGAGAUACAAACCAACCUGCAACCAGGUGGAGUGUCACAUCUACCUCAAUCAGACCAGACUGCUGGGAUUCUGCAAGUCGCAUGACAUUGUGCUGGUGGCGUUCAGUGUCCUGGGAUCCAGUCGGGAUGCGGGCUGGAUAGAUCAGGAUAGCCCAUAUGUCUUGAAAGACCCCGUCUUGACUGACUUGGCUAAAAAAUAUAGCCGCACUCCAGCUCAAGUGGCCAUGAGGCACCUUCUUCAGAGAGGGAUUGUGGCCCUCGCAAAGAGCUUCAACCCGGACAGGAUCAAGGAGAACUUUCAGGUAUUUGACUUUGAGCUAAGUGACGAAGACAUGAAAGCGCUCAAUGAGCUUGACAGAAACAUGCGUUACACUGAUAAGCACCUAUGGUUUGACCACCCAAAAUGUCCCUACCAGGAUGAGUAUUGA